UAAAAUUUUGAAAAUUAAAGGUGGUGAACGAAGCUUUCUCUGUGUUUCUAUUUUACGGUGGCAGUGGCGGUGGUUAAUCAUUCAAUGGCUCUCUUUCAAAUUCCGGCGUGGGUAUAAAUGCAGAGCCUUUGUCAUUAAUCCUUUCUUUUCCCCUUCAUAGACCCAGGCCAUCUUUUCUCCUUCUCUCUUGCCAUUGUUCAGGAGCUCUUCUGAUCUCUUCUCCCUUUCGUGUUGUUUCUCCCACCAGACAUGGCAGUAUACAGAAGUUCUCUGAGCAAAAAAUAGGACUCUUUCAACACGGUCUGAAUUCAACAAAGUUUCAGUAAAGGCUUGAAUGGAGAGCAGAAUGCCAAAAGUAGCAGAGAAUCUUAAAUGGGGUUUUAAAUGGUUAGUUUUGAUCCUGAAAUCAAUCUUUUUGGUUGCUUCUUGACUCCUUCAAAUUACUUCUUUGCUCUGUCUUUGAGGCGGGUUUAUGCUGUUCGGUUCUUCCCUUGUGUAGUUUGGAAGUGGCAAUUUUGAUGAUAGCUUUGAAGAAAGAAGCAGUUUUACUUGUUUGGUCUCUGGUACAUAUCAAAAUAUUUGGUCUUGUCUUGUUGUUUUAUAUUUCUACUUCACCGUUUGAACUCUAUUCUCUUUCUUUUUAUUAUUUACUUGAGGUUGAUUUCAUCUGUUGUUUGAAAGUUUUAUAAUUUUCUUUUCUUUUGCUUUUAUGAUAGAUUGAGCGUAAAAACUCUGCAACUAUAGUGAACUUUGUUUUGGUUUCUGAGCUCUUGGUCCAAGUGGUUUUGUUUUCCUUGCUUUGUAUGCUGGGAGACUGAAGAGUUCUCUAUUUUGAUCUUUGACUCUCUUACAGUGUUUAUGUGCACCCGGAAUUGUUCUUCUUUUCCAGUUUUGGACUUCUUUUUCUUUGUUUAUUGUUAGUCCAAACCAGUUUUGGGGUCGGGAAAGAUUCUCUUCUUCUUGCAUCCUUUGCUGCACCUCUUGUCGAGGAUAGAUGGAUACGAGAGACAAAGAUAAAUUUGGGUUGGAGAAGAGUAGUGAUCCCGUGAACUAUCAUUCAUCUAACAUGUCUUCAGAUUGGAGAUUUGGUGGUGCCAAUCUCACAAAUCAGUCAAUGAGUUUAGUUCCUGCAGACAAUUCGAUUCCUGUUUGUAAAGGGAAUCUAAUGGGUUCCUCUGUUCCUAUGGUAAACUCAUUUUGCCCAACCAUUUGGGAUCACUCCAAUUCACAAAGCUUGGGUUUCUGUGACAAUAAUGUACAAACCACUUCCAACACGGUAGCCAUUAGGAAAGGGUUGCCUGGUUGUUCAAGCACGGUUUCUGAUAAAGUUCUAGACCUAGGCUGGAAUUCCAAAGGUGGGGUUUUCUUGCAGGGCAACCCUGGAAUCCUCCCCCAAAGCUUGUCUCAGUUUCCUGCCGAUUCUGAUUUCAUUGAGCGAGCUGCCCGGUUCUCAUGCUUGAACUUUAAUGAUUUGGUGAAUCCUUUAAACAUGCCCCAAUCCUUGAGUCCCUAUUCUAAAGGUGGAAUGGUCCAUGGACCAUUGGAGGAGCUCUCAGCUGGUAGGCUACACCCUGCAUUGGGUGCUCUAUCUCAGAACAAUGAACCUCACUUGCCUGAAGUUGCCAAAGAAAUCUCCCCAUCUGCUAAGCUUGGGGCCACUGAAGGGAGUUCGAUGAAGAAUGAGAGACAAACUGGGAACUUUGUAAGGCCUCCUCAUGAAGCAAAACAAGGAAUCGGUGUGUCUAGCCAUGAUUCUGAAGAAGCUGAGUUCAGCAGUGGUGGUGGUGGUGGUCGGGACGAUCCAUCUAUGUUGGAAAGUGCUGGUGGUGAACCUUCUUCUAGUAAGGGAAUUGGCAAGAAAAGGAAAAGAAGUGGUCAGGAUAAUGAGCUUGACCAGGUUAAAGGGGCCCAGCAACUACCUGGUGAGGCUGCAAAGGACAAUACUGAAACCAAUCAAAAGGUUGAACAAAAUCCAAUUUCAACCAAUGCAAAGCCUACUGGAAAACACAGUAAAGAUAACUCUCAGGCCUCGGAUGCACCAAAGGAAGAUUACAUUCAUGUCAGAGCACGGAGGGGCCAGGCAACAAACAGCCAUAGUCUUGCAGAAAGAGUAAGAAGGGAAAAGAUUAGUGAGAGGAUGAAGUUUCUUCAAGACCUUGUCCCUGGUUGCAGCAAGGUCACAGGGAAGGCACUCAUGCUGGAUGAAAUCAUUAACUAUGUACAAUCACUGCAACGUCAGGUGGAGUUUUUGUCAAUGAAGCUUGCAGCUGUUAAUCCACGGCUGGACUUCAACAUCGAAGGUCUCCUAGCAAAAGAUAUUCUUCAGUCACGAGGUGAUCCUUCUACAAUAGUUUUUUCUCCAGAUAUGGCCAUGGCUCAUCCCCAGUUACAUCCAUCUCAACAGGGAUUGGUCCAAGCUGGGAUUCCUAGCAUGGCAAACCCCCCGGAUGCACUUAGGAGGACAAUUAAUUCACAAUUGACUGCCAUGAAUGGAGGAUACAAAGAAACCACGCAGCUACCCAACCUCUGGGUUGAUGAUGAACUUCACAAUGUUGUCCAGAUGAGUUUAGGUUCCAGUGUUCCUUUCAACAGCCAAGAAUUAAAUGGUUCUUUGCCACCAGGACAUAUGAAAGUUGAGCUUUAAUUUCAGCUAAUUGUAUCUGGUACCACAUCCUUAUGCAUGUUCAAGGAGAUAAUGCUCACAAAAGCUUCCUCUUGGAAUCAAUUAUUAUGACAAAAAUAUACAUCCCACCAUUGUUCAACUGAAAGAAGACACAUCUGUUCCUCGCGAUACUACGAAUCCGAAGCCCGGGCUGAUGGUCCCUAGUUUGUUUGUAUAGCCAAGGGAGGAGAAUGCAACUCUACCUCCAAGGAUUAUGAAGUAUAUUAUACAGGUAUAAUUGUUCAUUUUAGUACUAUAUGCAAGAUAGAAAAUCCAUUGUACAAGGAGAUAAAAGGUUCUUGUCGUCCUCCCAAUGAAAAGGAUAUAUCUUGAUGUAGAGAGAGAGAGGGAGAGUGUGUGAGAAGCACAACGGGGUUCACUCACACCGGAUGAUCUUUUGUGAAUUUUGGGCAGCGUUUUGGGGGAAGAUCAGUUGCUUAGGUUUGGAUUUUGUUGUUGAAACUCAUGUUUGUGGUGCUUUUUCAGUUCUAAGUGGGAGGAAUUGGAAGUUGUAAGCUUUACUAUAUAUUAACAAAUGAAAUUACUUUUUUUUCAUUUCUCGA